AGUCUAAAACUCGCGUGCAGUUAGAAAAUACCUACCUAAUUGUUAUUCUCGAGUAAAUAUUCAGAAAGAGUGAAUGUCGGUUUAAUCAUUCAACUUAAUAAUUUUUAGCAGAUAAACAAAAAUUAGUUCCAGAUUUAUUUAAAACCAUCAAAAUGGUGUGAUUGAGAUUCAUAUAGAAAGUUUAUCGUGAAAAUUCCGAUUCACAUUUUAUAUCUGAUAAUUCAAAAAGACAAACAAGAAAGUUCUGACAAAUCAUGAAGGAAUUAUUUAGAAAAAAUCUGACACGAGACGAAACAUCUCCAUUGAUAACAAAGGAAACGAAUGAUGAUUAUAAUAAACAAUCAAAUAAUCCAGGAUUCUAUGGAAGUUCUUCAUCUUCUGAUAAAGAAUCAUCAGAUUGUGAAAAAGGGUCAACCGAUCUGUCACCAUCGUCAUUUUCAUCACAUUAUCCGAUUGCUGUGAUAUUUGUUCUCGUGUCGAAAUGUUUUGAAGCAUUCGCAGCGAAUGGUGUUCGAAGUAUUCUGGCGCUUUAUCUUCGUGAUAGUCUCAAAUUCAACGAAGACUUCUCGACGGCAGUUCUUCACAGUUUCAACUUCUUCUCUCAAUUUCUCCCGAUUGUUGGUGCCAUACUUGCUGAUAGUUAUUUAGGAAAUAAGACAACAAUUUUUUAUUUUUGUAUUCCUUACGCUCUUGGGUAUUUGGGAACAUUAAUUGGAACUUUACCUAUUCAAUAUGCCACUCAUUCACUAAUCUAUGCAUCACUCUUUCUGAUUGCAAUUGGAAAUGGAUGCUUGAGAGCUUGCAUCACUGCCCUUGGAGGUCAUCAGUUCAAAAUUCCACAGCAAAAACAUUCACUCGAUCGUUACUUUGCUCUUUACUACUUUUGCUAUUAUGUUGGAAUUCUGCUUGGGAAAAUUAUCCCCGCUUAUGUUCGAACUGAUGUUUAUAUUCCUAAUUAUUGUGAAAUUGGUGAAGGUUGUUACACAGCAGUCUUUGCAGUGAUUGCAGUUGUCUUCCUUUUAUCAUGGAUGGUUUUCCUGUCUGGUUUGCCUUUUUAUGCACGUGAACAUGUGACUGGCGACAACACAAUGUUAAGAGUGUUCAACUGUAUUUGCUAUGCAAGCUAUCGGAAAAUUUUUAGAAAAUCAAAAGAAACUUCUUGGAUUCGAGCUUCAAUUGGAAAAUAUUCUGAAGAGUUCGUGAAUGAUGUUUCGAUCUUUUUGAAAGUUGUGACACUUUUUACACCGAUUCCUAUUUAUUAUGCUUUACUCGCACAACAAGAUUCAUCGUGGACGUUUCAAGCAACACAAACGAAUUUAACAAUCACUGAUUUUCAGAUACAAGCUGAUCAGUUCAAAGCGGUUGGACCGAUUCUGCUGUUGAUUCAAAUACCUGUCUGGCAGAAGAUUGUCUUACCUUUCAUGGAAAGAAAAGGUUUUCAUUUAUCAUCAUUGGAAAGUGUUUCAAUUGGUGGCCUUUGUGCUGCCUUCAGCUUUGUGUGGGCUGGUUUUCUACAACAUCGAAUAGCGAUGGAUCCGGAAGAUCUUCCAUCAAUUUUAUGGCAAUUUCCGAUGUUCUUCCUUUUAAUGAUGGGUGAAGUGUUGAUAUCGGUACCAGGAUUAAAGUUUUGCUACACACAUGCUCCAACAUCAAUGAAGUCAGUUCUAACUGCUGUUUGGUUCAUUAACAAUGCAAUGGGAAAUCUUCUCGUUGUCAUCAUCACAGAACUUCAAUUGAUUGAGAAUAAAAGUCUAGAAUACUUCUUUUACGCAUUUCUUAUGUUUAUUGCAACAAUUUUGUUCACAAUUAUGUCAGGAAAUUAUGAACGUGAAUGUAUGACAAAUGAAAAUAUUUCGGAUGAAAAAACGAUUGAAAGCUUUAUUUAUGUUGAUGCGAUACAAUCAACAAAUUUAGAAGAAAAUUAUUUAAAUGACUCAAAUGACGAUGACACAAACUCUGACUAUGAAAGUGGAAAUUCAUAUUUUUAGGAUUGAUUUAAUUAAUAUUGUACAAUUAAGAAAUAAGUCAACAAAUUGAAAUAACUUCUAAAAAUAAAUUUUAAUUAUUCUUACAAUUUAUUUUAAAUUUUUAUCAUAAGCUUAUUAACUUUAACUUAUAUUUUUUUAUAUGUAUGCAUGUAGAUUGGAAUAAAGAAUGUUAAGAUUUUACCAAGCACCAGAG